GGAAUAAUGACAAUUUUGUUAUAUAAACAAUUUCACACUUAAAAUAUUGUUCUUUCUGCUAACUUUAAGUAUAAGUCGUAGUUAAAUCCGCGACGAUGAUGUGGUCAGCUGUGAUUUUGAUACUUUGUGUAAUUCAUUCACAUUCAGCAAUCGAUCCACCAUGUCCAAAGAUAAAACAGACAGGAAAAUGUCCCGGUUUACCUAAAACGGAUAAAUGUCAGACAGAUAGUGAAUGUGGACACGACUCGAUGUGCUGCCCAAGAGAAUGUGGAAAAGAAUGUACAGUGAAGCGUAAAUAUGGACUAUGUCCCACUUUUACCGAAAAACCAGUGAGUUUUUGUAUGGUAGCAUUCGUUAUUUCUAAUUGUGGAGGUAAUGAUGCAGACUGCUCAGGUACUAAGAAAUGCUGUCCAAAUAUAUGCGGAUCUCGAAAGUGUAAAGAACCCGCAACAAAGCCCCGACCAGAGUGUCUUUCUAGAUCUUCUCAAAACAAGGUAGCCGCCUGUCACCUGCACCAAUGUAGUCACGAUAAGGAAUGUGCCCAAGGUAAAAUAUGUUGUGAUGUUACUUGUGGAAUAGGAUGUACAGAACCAAAUUGAGUGCAACAGAAUGAUAAGAUACAUUUUGAAGAAGCUGAAACUAACAGGCUGUUAAUAAAAUUUUUGCAGUUAAUUGCUUGUUUUGCACAUAUUAUAGAUAUUUUUUAAAAAUUCAAUGAAUUUAAACUUGUAUUAUUCUUUAGAACAAUUUAUCAGGAAAACAUAAGAAUAAAU